UUUUUCCUUCGCCUCAAAGCAGGACUAGCUUCAGCGUUGGGAGGGUGUUGUAGCGGGGUGGGUAGCGCAAGCCGCUACGGAAUCAGAGGCUUUUUUUGGUGUGGGUCUUCACGGCGAGGUGGCGGCCAUGCUGUGUUAUGUGACCAGGCCGGACGCCGUGGUGAUGGAGGUGGAGGUGGAGGCCAAAGGCAACGGCGAAGACUGCCUCAACCAGGUUUGCCGAAGACUGGGGAUUAUAGAAGUUGAUUACUUUGGACUCCAGUUCACAGGUAGCAAAGGAGAGAAUUUAUGGUUGAAUUUACGAAACAGAAUAUCCCAGCAGAUGGAUGGCCUUCCUCCUUACAGAUUGAAACUGCGGGUCAAGUUCUUUGUGGAGCCUCAUCUCAUCUUGCAAGAACAAACAAGGCAUAUGUUUUUCUUGCAUAUAGAGGAGGAUCUUUUAGCUGGUAAUCUUCAGUGUUCUCCUGAGCAGGCAAUUGAACUCAGUGCAUUGCUUGCCCAGUUGAAGUUUGGUGACUAUAAUCAAAACACUGCCAAAUAUCACUAUGAAGAGUUCUGUGCAAAGGAGCUUACCACUGCCAUCUGGGAGAGUAUUACUGCAAAACAUAAGGAGCUUGAAGGUCUCAGCCAAGCUUCAGGAGAGUAUCAAGUUUUGCAGCUUGUGUCAGCUCUGGAAAACUAUGGGGUAGAGUGGCAUUCUGUUAGAGACAGUGAAGGGCAAAAACUUUUCAUUGGUGUUGGUCCUGAGGGUAUUGCCAUAUGUAAAGAAGACUUCAUUCCUAUCAACAGGAUUGCAUAUCCAGUAGUACAAAUGGCAACACAGUCUGGAAAGAAUGUGUACUUGACUGUCACUAAGGAAUCUGGCAAUAGUAUAGUUCACCUUUUCAAGAUGAUCAGCACUAGAGCAGCUAGUGGACUUUACAGAGCAAUAACAGAAACACAUGCAUUUUACAGGUGUGACACUGUUACAAGCGCUGUCAUGAUGCAGUAUAGUCGAGACUUAAAAGGCCACUUAGCAUCUUUGUUCCUGAAUGAAAAUAUUAAUCUUGGCAAAAAGUAUGUGUUUGAUAUUAAGCGGACAUCAAAGGAAGCUUAUGAUCAUGCAAGACGGGCCCUUUACAAUGCUGGCAUUGUGGACCUAGUUUCAAGAAGUGACCAUAGCCCACCUAGCUCUCCCCUUAAGUCUUCAGAAAGCAGUCUGAACUGUGACAGCUGUGAAGGUCUUAGUUGCCAGCAGACGAAAGCUCUUCAGGAAAAGUUACGGAAGCUUAAAGAAUCUUUGCUAUGUAUGGUGUGCUGUGAAGAAGAAAUUAAUUCUACAUUUUGUCCAUGUGGUCACACUGUGUGCUGUGAGUCAUGUGCUGCACAGUUACAGUCAUGUCCUGUAUGCAGGUCUCAAGUAGAGCAUGUCCAGCAUGUGUAUUUGCCUACCCACACAAGUCUGCUUAACUUGGCUGUAAUAUGACCUCAGUAUUAAAUGCUAGAAGAUGCACACCGUACAAAGCUUCUGAACAAUUUUGUACUUCCAAAUACUGCACUACUGUUCACUCCAACUCCAGUGAUGCUGAAGGGGAGCAGCCACUUCUCCAUCUGCCAGCAAUUAGAAAGGCCAGUAGAAAACUGGGGCUGGGGGUGGGAGGAUAAUGGAAAAUAAUUCUCUGUUCAGAGUGUUCGCAAAUAUGUCUAAGGGGAUAUACUGUGAAUUUCUCGUAGGCAACCUCAUGGCACCUGAAACAACAGCAUUUAUAAAAUGGCAAUAUUAUGAGAGAACAGAGUUGGAAAGUUACUCUGUAGUAUCCAGCAGGGGCAACAUAGCUUGUUUUAUGCAUUUUAUAAAUAAUUUUAUUUAGUUAUAUAUUUAGCAUGAGAAUCACUCCAUUUCUCUUUUAGCAAAGCUAGUUUUUAAUCUCUACGUUUGUUGUAGUAUAAUUUAGUUUUCUGCUUCUAGUCUCACUGAAGUAAGAAACUAUUUUUAAACUGGUAUACUUAAGAACCUAAGAUUUACAAAGCUUUAAGAAGAGAGCUGCAUUUGUUUCAGUAAAAGCAGAUCAGAUUAAUUUUGAAAUUAUGUUCAAUGUUUGAGUAAAUUUGACAGGCUGUUUAGAAACCACCCUUGAGACAAGGUUGAAAGGCAUUUAAAAAGGAAAUCUUUAAACAUCAGUAAAAAUAUUUUUCUCUUCCAAAAGUCAAUACUUGUCUCCGUUCAUCUGCCUUGUGUUUGGAGAAAGUUAAAUCUCAAACAAUGUAAUAAGUGUGACUUUCUGAAAUGCAGUUGUGUUAUAUUAUUUCUAAAAACCGUCUUACCUUCUACCACAAACCCUAUCCUUGGGCAUUUCUUGGACUUUGGUCAACUAGUGAAUGCUCCAGAAUAUUGAAACUAGGUGACCAUGUUUGGGUGCAAUACUAGCUAAAAUGAAAGCUAGAAAAGACACUUUACUGAGACUUUCUGAAUAUACUUUUUGUAUUGCCUUAAUGUAGCAGUAAUGUGUGUAUGCAUUUGUUUCUUUGCACAGACAUUUUGUCAAAAUAUUAAAACUCUACUUUUUUAUGGCACAUUAGCAUAUAAACCUUACUCCAGAAGGUAUUUAUUUUUUCACUUUGUAAAAUUUUGUUUCCACAUGAAGCCAGAACUCCUAUAUGGUAGACCUGUCUUUUUAUAUAUAUAUAUUCAGAUUAAUAAAGGACUUUUAAAAUAUAA